UUAAAAGCAAAAUAUUAUAGAAGAAGACUCCUCCUUGCAUUUUACACAGACCAUACAAACACUCGCUAGAAAGUGCUUCGUCCGCGAACUUUUGUUGGAUACUGCACAUCUUGAAAAACCCAUUCAGUCGACUGCUUUUACUUUCGGGCUCAUACGCAUAAAUCCUCGAUUCAUCACCUGUCAAGAUACCAUAGAUCUGUUUCGAAGCAUCGCUUCGUAUUUUUAACAUUACUCUGGACCAAUCGAGACUGUUUUGGUCGAUUGACGAAUUUUGUGGAAUCGAACGUGAACUAUUUUUUUACUGUUAUACAAGUAUGUUCAUGCAAUAUUGAAUGUAUGCUGGUCUCAUCAAUGCCUAGUUUUCUCAAUCUCAUGAUAAGUCAUAUGACGACAUGACAUGGGACCGAUGCUAUAAGGUUAAGCGAAUGAGUUUUAUCAAGCGAAAUUCCAAUAGCUUUUAGCCAAACAAUAUUGAUAAACAAAUAAUACUCUUUCAAAAUACCGUUAUAAAGAUAACAUAUUAUGGUCCAAAAUAAGAUGAUAGGUUUUAUCUAGUUAGAAUUUGCAUUGUAAAAUCAAGUAGUAGCUAUAAAUCUUCUGGUUGUCAAGUAAGCAAAAUUUUCCAAAUACUUUAGAUUUCUUAGUUAAAUAUUUUGGAUUAUUAUAUACUUAGAUAUACGUUAGUUAUCUAUACAUAAGAAUUUUUGUAAAAUUAUGAUUUUAAGCGUAUUCGUUUGAGUGAUGCUUUGAGAAGAGAAUAAAUGGCAACGCAGAGCAGCAGAGCACAUGAGGAGACCAAAGCCGUGGCUGAGCCCCUAAAUGGAAAUGAUGAAGAUUAUGAAAUCGACGAAUCAACUGCAGCUGUAGUCGUUCCACCGGAUAGCGGAUGGGCAUGGGUCGUGAUGGUGGCAUCAUUUUUAUGUUGUACGGUACUCGACGGGAUUGUUUUUUGUUCUGGUUUAAUUCAAGAAGACUUAAUCAAAGAGUUUAAUGUUAAUCUAGGUUAUGCGGCACUAGUGUCUUCACUUCUCAGCGGUUGUUAUUUAAUGGCAGGACCAUUUGUAAGUGCCUUGGCAAAUCGCUUCGGUUUCCGCCCUGUAGCUAUGGCUGGAGCGCUGUUUGCAGCAGCCUGCUUUGGUAUAUCAUAUUGGGCUCGAAGCAUUGAAUUCUUAUUUAUCACAUAUGGGAUUCUCGCUGGUAUUGGUUUUUCCAUGGUCUAUAUACCGGCCGUCGUAAUAAUUGGCUUUUAUUUUGAAAAGUGGCGUGCUCUGGCAACCGGUAUUGCUAUGUGUGGUUCUGGAGUGGGCACUAUUGUAUUCACUCCAUUAACUAUUAUAUUGCUAAAGUCGGGUUGGAGAUACACACUUGUUAUUCAGGGAAUUAUAAUUGCGUUUUGUGCUUUGUUUGCAUGCGCCUUUCGACCAAUUCAGCCCAUCACACUGGCUGUUGAUGAAGAUUCUAACGAAAAUAAGAAUGAUAAUGAGAAACGCAAUGGACAUGGCAAUAUUGUUGCACCAAAGCCCCAACUCCAUCAAGCUGCCUUUACUAAACCACUGCCUGAAGGACGUUUCGCUUACUCAAUGCCAAAUUCAGCACAUAACACAUAUAUGGGGGCAUCUCCCAAGCAUCAUUAUCCCACAGCUGCAGAAGUUUUUAGAGGUGCCAAUAUUGAGCGUCGCCUCUCAAACUCUUCCGGUAAAGGUACCGAAUUGAAAGCUCUGCGAAAAUCGCAGCCUACCACUCCGAAUGGUGAGCCGCAACCCUCACAACUUCACUUCAAUAUCAACAAAGAAUUAACAACAGUUGGAGAAAAUGAAGAAGAAACCGAAAAUGAGAAUUUAAUCGAAACUGAGGCAAAACCAGUGGUAAUACAGGCACGUAGGCACACAGUGUCUGGCAGAAGGCCAAACGAAAUCGUUGGGAAGAAGAGUGCAGUAGGAUCGCAAGAUACCGUGCACAAUAUUCACACUAGACCAAUGUACCGUGAUGAUAUAUUCUUCACUGGCUCCUUGGCACGAAUUCCACAAUAUCAAUCACAAACUUCCCUAGCCUAUCAUAUGUCGGUGACACGUCUUCCAACCAAACAGGAUAUGCUUGAGGAUCGCCAAAAGGGAUGCCGACUAUGUCCUGAAGCUGUACGGCGUACUUUAUCGACGAUGUUGGACACUUCGUUACUCAAGUCGCCAUCAUUCAUGUGUCUGGCCUUCAGCGGUUUUCUAAGUAUGAUUGGUUUCUUUGUGCCUUUUAUGUUUUUGACACCACGCGACGAAGCGGCAGGAAUGGAUAAAAGUACUGCACUUAGCGUUGUUUCUGGCAUAGGAUUAGUUAAUACAAUUGCUAGGUUAGUUUGUGGUAUGGUCAGUUCGAUUCCCAGCUUGAAACCACUAUGGGUGAACAAUGUGGCAAUCACAGCGGGUGGCCUGGCGACAAUUUUCAGUGGACUAAAAAUAACGGUUGUGACUCAAUGGGCAUUCGCUAUCUUCUUUGGCGUUUGUAUAGCUUGUUUUUCGGUGUUGCGUUCGCUAAUUGCCGUGGAAAUGUUAGGAUUGGAAAAACUAACGAAUGCAUUUGGAUUCCUGAUGCUGUUUCAGGGUAUUGCAGGGACAGUUGGAGCACCUAUUGCAGGCAUACUCUUUGAGCUGACACAGGACUUCAACACUUCGUUCUACUUUGCUGGCGGACUGAUAUUAGUUUCGGCGUUCCUCUGCUACCCAUUGACAUAUAUCGCUAACUGGGAGAAGGCGCGCAAUGAGAGAAAAGCCGCGCAGAGCCCCCAAGAGCCUAAGUACAUAAAUAUUCGGGAAUUAAAAUUGAAGUUUAAAUUAAAUUUAAAAUAUUAUCAUACAACUGAAUGAACAUAUAACAAUAAACUAGUAAAACUAAAAACUUGAAUUUAAACUGUGUAUGUGUACACACAUAUCUAUAUAUAUAUAUGUAUAUACAUAAUCGACGCAGAAAGAUAUACAUGUAUACAUAUAUAUAUGUUUUAUGCAUACACACAUAUGUUAUGUAAAAAAUAAGUUCGUGGUGACCGCGACGAAACUAAAGCUUCCUAACCGAAGUCAGGCAAAUAGCUUAAAUACAAUUUAUAAGUUAUACUGAGAAGUUACGAAAUUGUAAUUAAAUAUUUUUUAGGAUAUGCAUAUUUGCAUAUGUAAGUCGAAAAAGUUAUUACAUAUAUUUUAAUAGCAACGACUACUCUAAUUUUAAUAUAAACCGCAUUGUAACACUAACAUUGAUAAUUUAUUAAUUUGUUAAAAAAAAAAAACGAAGUAAUAAUUUAAUUAAUAAAAAUUUUAAACUUAA